AUGAGCCGCGCGGAGCAUCGCAAGAUUGGGCACCUUCCCACGCCGGGAGGCGCCCACGAAGCAGCGCAUGGCGCAUCACAGUCGCCGCCGAAGAGUGCGGAACGCUCGCUGCGCUUGACACCGCUUGUAUCGCGCACAUGGGACGCGACAUUGGACGAGUCUCCACUUACAGGCAGCGGACUGCGCGACUUGGCGAUGCCGGCGCACUUGAAGGCAUCGCCGAUACAUACGCGCCCUACGCGUGCAUCGUCUAUAGGGCAGAGCAUGCAUGAAAUUGUCGAGCAGGAUGAGGACGAGGAGAAUUUCGAUUAUGCGUCGGGCAGCACACAAGAGGACUCGGACCAAGACAGCGUUGCGUCUGAGAAGGCCGUUGAACAUGCACCGCCGCCCACGUCGACGCCUGCACGUCCACGAUCCACUCCGCACCGCACUUCUCCCUCACAGGCCCCGUCGUAUUACGAAGAGAUUGACUUUGACAAAAUUACCGAUCCGUUUACCGAUACGCGGCGCGCGUAUAUGCGUGGAAGUACGCAGACACCAGCACCGGAGCGCACCAUUGCACCCCCAUUAAUCUCACGUGUACCUGCACCGAAACGCGUUUUCCCGCAUGCGCCGUCGCCAUACCGGACAAGCCGUGCAUCGCUCGCAUCCACACAUAGUCCCGACGUACGUGCCGAGCUUGACCAGGGCCUCUUGCCCAGUAUACCACGCGCGGCAGCAUCGGAGCACGAGGUGUUGCAGUCUGCCCCCAUGCCGAGUUCGCACAGUGCAUCGAGUCCCCACAAGAGCAUACGCGCCACGUUGAGCCCCUACAAAAGCCCACGCGCCGCUCCGAGUCCCUCCAAAAGCAUACGCGCCGCUCCGAGUCCCCACAAGAGCCCACGCACCGCUCCGAGCCCCUCCAAAAGCAUACGCGCCGCUCCGAGUCCCCACAAGAGCCCACCGCGCACAAACACUGCAACGCCUCGUGUGCCGACGCCGCGCCUAGCCCCUGCCCCCACCCCCACGCCUCGAGCAGCACCAGAGCCCAUGAUAAAACGCGCGCCAAUUGCCCGGCGAUCCAGCGUUGCAGUGCAGUCGCGAUCCAACCGCCUCCUAACUGCCGAGCUCCUGAAAUGGAAAGCGCGGUACGCCGAGCUGGAAGAAGAAAUGGUUGAACUGCAGGCCAAGCUUGAAGACAUGCACUACAGCGCAGAUGCGUCAGAGUAUACAGAGCUUGAGGCUGAAGUACGGGCGCUGCGGCAAGGCCGCGAAAGCGACCGUCGCGCUAUGCGGCAGCGAGUCCGCGCAUUGGAAACCCACAUUAAUGACGUCAAAGUCGAGUACGAUGCGCGGCACUGGCGCCUCUUGACCGAUACGCCAGAUCGGAUUGCGGACCUUGAUGCUGCACCAGUACAGCUCAUCAUCCAGCAGAACCGCAUUAUACAGCUCGAGAGCGAAAAAGCAGCGGUGAAGCGUACCUUGGAGGAAACGCGCGAGCAGGCAGCCUUUUUGCUCGGAUUGUACAAGUGGCGCGCGGAGCAGGCGCGUGGAAGUGCGAGCCGCGUAACAGCGGCAGAUACACAAGUUAUGCACACGCACAUGGCUGAGAUGGAACACAAGCUUGCACAAGAAGUCGAGGCGCGCCGCGCGGCAGAACGCGCGCUGGCCGAACAUGCCGGCGCUGCGGCGGCAGAAGCGCUGCUCGACGGGCCGAGUCGUUCUAUGGAGUCACGUCCUACUCCAAAACCCCGUGUACGUGUAACUACCUACUUACCCCAGGGACGUCCACGCAAACGGCCCGAAGAGCGUUCGAGCUCGCCGCUGCCCGUGCCUACGCUGGAGGCGUUUGGCAUCAAUGCGGAAGAGACACGCGACCACACAACCCCGCCGCACGAAGCGCCGCUUGUGCCGGGAGCGACACCGAUGCUUCACCGCACAGGUGCACCUACGGAAGCUGUGCUCGAUGCGGAAGCGACGCCUGUGCUCGGCGGGCCAAGCGAUGCUUCGCCCGGCGUGCGAAAAAAAAAACGCAAGCUACUCAAUGCGGGGCCAGGUUUUUUCAGGCUGAACGAGGCGGCGGAUACGCUUUCCCCUGGCCUCGACUUGCCCACGGAACUCUCUCCGCUCAAGCUCAAGUAG